AUGGAACAUAGGCUCACUGGUGCAAAGGCAAAAUCACAAGAAGUAUUCACGAGACCUACUUCCCGACCCGCUAUCCAUGCAACGACGCCUCACACUCUGCAGCCUUGGCGCAGUGGUCCUCUCAACCAGCAAGAUAACCCCCCGUCCUCUGGCCCACAGCGUUCAGAGCGCCUCAGCGACCUUGGCAUCCGACGUGGAACUGUAGUCAAGGCACCUGAGUCCCGGUGCACGAAUGAGACCUGCGACGGUCUUUGCUGUUUGAAGUAUUUCGAGGCUCUGUCCGAGACACUGGUAGAGGCUGUUGAGCAGUCCCAGACGAAGUACAUUGGCCAUCAAGUCGAUCCCGCCAAGCCCUCUCAUAACAUCGACAUAGCGUUAGGAAUAUCGGAGGCACGAAAGGAGGUUGAUACAGAUUACAGAGUAUUUGGGUGGCUCAUCAAGAUGAUGGAUUUAGGCAGACUAAAAUAUAGCGAGUAG